AUUCACUGGGUGCAUAGAGGUUUAAUAGCCUACUUACUUUGCCUUACGAUCUAUGUGACCUAGGACAAGACAGCAGACAAACGGAGGGGACGUAGAGCAGACUGGAUAAUUUCACAGACCAUGUUGCUGUGUUCAUAAACACAUCAUAGCAUUUCUGCAAAAGGUGAAGACCAGCUGAUGGAACACCCUGAAAGAUCCCAGAGUUCCCGCCUGGGUCUGCGUGACAGUGUGUUAACUGCUCCUUAGAAUGGAGCCUAUUCCAAAACUCGUGGCUGUGACUCUUCUGUUGGCCUUAUGUGUGGAGGGCUGCUCCAGCCAGCACUGGUCCUACGGAUUGCGCCCGGGAGGAAAGAGGACUGCUGAGCACUUGGUUGACUCUUUCCAGGAGAUGGCCAAGGAGGUAGACCAGGUGUCAGAACCGCAGCACCUUGAAUGUACUUUGCAUCAGCCUCGCUCACCCCUCAGGGAUCUGAGAGGUGCUCUGGAAAGUCUGCUUGAAGAGGAGAACGGACAGAAGAAGAUGUAAGUCCAUUGGCCCCGGGACCGACCACAUCUAUAUAUUUAACAUCAACAUUGAAAUUUGUGACCCAGUAUCUAUAAAUUGUGUGAAACUUCAGAAGUUCCUACACCAAGCAGCAGAUAUUUCAUAAUAAAGAAUGUGUUGUGGAUCAA